CCAAAGCAGAGGCAGUGGAGCUUGAGGUUCUUGCUGGUGUGAAAUGACUGAGUACAAACUGGUGGUGGUUGGAGCAGGUGGUGUUGGGAAAAGCGCACUGACAAUCCAGCUAAUCCAGAACCACUUUGUAGAUGAAUAUGAUCCCACCAUAGAGGAUUCUUACAGAAAACAGGUGGUUAUAGAUGGUGAAACCUGUUUGUUGGACAUACUGGAUACAGCUGGACAAGAAGAGUACAGUGCCAUGAGAGACCAAUACAUGAGGACAGGCGAAGGCUUCCUCUGUGUAUUUGCCAUCAAUAAUAGCAAGUCAUUUGCGGAUAUUAACCUCUACAGGGAGCAGAUUAAGCGAGUAAAAGACUCGGAUGAUGUACCUAUGGUGCUAGUGGGAAACAAGUGUGAUUUGCCAACAAGGACAGUUGAUACAAAACAAGCCCACGAACUGGCCAAGAGUUACGGGAUUCCAUUCAUUGAAACCUCAGCCAAGACCAGACAGGGUGUUGAAGAUGCUUUUUACACACUGGUAAGAGAAAUACGCCAGUACCGAAUGAAAAAACUCAACAGCAGUGAUGAUGGGACUCAGGGUUGUAUGGGAUUGCCAUGUGUGGUGAUGUAACAAGAUACUUUUAAAGUUCUGUCAGAAAAGAGCCACUUUCAAG